AUGGGGAAUGGAGUGAAUCCGCACGGGUUUUCGACUUGCUUCGAGGCGUUGCUGCGAUGGCGACACGACGACGUGGCGCGGCCGGAGUGGGAUGGCCAGCUGGACGUCGGCGUUGACAACGUGACGGCGGCGGACGCGGGACUGUACGAGUGCUACGUGGAGGGAGAGAGGAGCAAGCAGCUGCACGGACUCGUGCACCUGUCCGCGCAUCUGGACGCCAAUUACCCGGAAACUGCGUCGCAGCCCGGCGAGGAAGCAGAGACCGCAGUUUCUGACGACGAGGGUGACGUCAUAGGCGAGUACGUCACUGAGGUCGAGGAAAAUCCCGAAAUGACCAUCAUCAACAGUCGGGACCGCACGAUCAUGAUGCCGACGGGAGCCUUGUCCGUCUCCGGCCACCACCCCGAGAUGGCGCCCGAGGACGGCAGCAGCACCGACGGUGGCGCCGCCUGGAAGCUGUCCGGUUGCGUCGACGGCGCCGGUCGCAUGUACGAGAUCGGAGAGCGCAUGACGAUUAGCGGCGACCCGUGCGAGAUGUGCCGUUGCCAUGACAACGGGAAGCCACUGUGCGCGAUGGCGUCGUGCGCGGGACCACCGAGCCGCUACUGCCGCGCCAUCUACACCGCCGACAACACCUGCUGCCCCGAGUGGGAUUGCUCGGCGCCGACGCUGACGCCAUCUGGCGACUACGACGUCGUCAACAUCGUCGGCGACGGUACCGGGAUUGAGGAGGAGCUACAUGAGUACGUCGAGCCGCUGUCGCUCGGCUGCGUCUUCAAGGGCUUCCUGUUCCAGAACGGAGAGAGCUUCCGGCGGGGCUGCGACGCGUGCUACUGCAGGGACGGACGCGCCGAGUGCGUGGCGGUGAAGUGCAAUGCGCCGAAGCCAGGCUACGAGUGCAUCAUCGUCAACAGGGGUAAACCAAAGUCGUGCUGCCCGCAAUACCGAUGCAAGAAAACUAGAGGACCAAAGAAGGUCGGAGAGGAGUCGAGACUUGCCGCCCUGUGGGCUAACUGGAAGCAACAGCAGCUGGAGCAGCAGGGGCUGCGACGCGGUAGGAGGCAGUAGAGGCGCCUCUCCUUCAUGCCAUAUGAGUGGAUCCACCGACAACGCAGAGAGUUCCGGGAGAUAGCGCAGGAGGUCGCUACAUUCGCGCGCCAUCAGUGUUGGUGGCGCCAUCUUGCGGGAGUCACCGAGGCGGCGUCGACUGCGGCGUCUGCUGGAACCUGCGAUUGCGACGUGUCCUUUUAUACUGAGUGUAACGGGUAGGGUCGUUGAACGGGGACGGGUCGUCGCGGCCUCUCUCCGGAAGAAUUGCUAAAUGACUCGAGCGAUAACGCGUGUCGAAUCGUGGGUGGCAUGCAUGUAGGCUCAUGCUGUCGCUGGCACACGGUUCACCAUUCGUGGCUCGCUGGGAGAGCCCGAAGUACGACACGCGUUCAGCCCAAAAGCGAAUACAUUGCAAUUCUUCGUCAGCGAUCAUAUAUGUGUGUGUACGUAUAUGAUGAUGUUAUAUAUAUAUAUAUAUAUAUAUAUAUAUCAAGAGUACAUAA